AUGCACAGAACACUAUCCGAGCCGUCUUGGACGGUGCGUAAGUUUUUGAACCGCAGUUCUUCAAGUCACGAGUCGACUGAAGAUCAAGGCUCGCAAGAAGUCUCAUCUCCUGUGGAACAAUUUGAAAGAGAGUACUUCUUUUUCUACCGAACAUUAAUGGACCCAGGAAUACUUGCUCAAGUUUUAAGAAUGCCAAAUCUCUCUCCUAAAAUAAUACGUGCCAAAGUGAUAGGAUAUGAUGUUAAGCUCUGGGGCUCCUACCCUGCUCUUGUUGAUGGGGUUCCAGACCAACCAGUCGACGGUAUAGCUUUUGAAAUCUUAUCUCAGACUCAACUUGAUCGACUUAUAUCCUAUGAGACGGAGAAAGAAGAGCUUGUCCCUUAUGCUAUAGAGAUUCUCAACCAGCAAAAUGAAAUCGAAAGGACCGUCGACGGAGUUACAUUCAAGUGGAAUUAUGAACGGGAUGAACUCCUGAAAAGGAAAUUCAACCUCAAACAAUGGAAGAGAGAGCAAAGACUCGGAGAACUAGAUAUGCUGCAGGGCUAA